CAUUCUACAGACAGCUGACUUGUCAGCGUCCAAUCAGUGCAUUACGCGGAAGGUCGCGUCCUUGGUUGCUGGGAUCAACAAGAUGGCGGGCCGCAGGAUAUUCGGGAGGCUGCAGCACAAUAACGAUUUACCGGCCGCCCUGUUCCUCCCCCCGGAGCCAGCCGCGCCGACCGGCUCGCUCUACCCGCCCGUGGUGGCCUCUAUGACGGCCAAGAGCAAGGCGUCCCGGCAGCGGCGGAUAGAGGGACACUACAGCCGGGUGCACGCCCAGACUGACAUCGGCAGCAAGUUGAAGCUGAUCACCGGCCUGCAGCGCCUCAAGUACGUGGUGUAUCCGCAGACCUUCGCCCAGAACGCCGACCGCUGGUACCAGCACUUCACCAAGACCGCCUAUAGGCCGGGGCUGCCGGAGAGGAGGGGGGGCGGCCUGGAGGAGCAUGAGCUGGGCCGUGUCCGCUCCUUGCUGUGUGAGGCCUUACUGCAGGACUUCUACUAUGCCAAGAAAGGCCGGAGCUUCCUGUACAGGAGCCAGGAGGUGUCCGCUGCCCCCUUCCUCACCAGUGCCAUGUCCAUCCUCAGCUCCCAGUGUGCUAAACACAACCCCAUCCUCCGCCAGGCUGCCCUGGAUGAGAAACCUCAGGUGAAUUUCUAUUGGUUGCGUGGUGAGAUCAGGGUUCCUCGGGGCCACAGGAAAGGCUGUAUUGAUCCCAUCCGCUUUCAGAUUGAUGACACGCCACUUUUCCAGCUCAGAGUUCCUAAACCACUUCCAGAGUUUGUUCCUCUGGAUCAUGUUGUACCUGAAGAGAUUCCGUUCAUCCCUCAUGAGCCAAGUAGAUUACCUCUCUUUAAAAAACAGUAUGACAACAACGUAUUCAUUGGUGGUAAAGUGGACGGUGCCUGUAGAUUUGGCCAUACACAGUUUCACCUGGUGCCAGACCGUUUCCAGAGGGAUAGGAUGAAAAAGUUGAGUCUUGAAGACCAGAUUGAAGUGUUUUUACGUGCCAAUGCUAUGGCAAGUCUCUUUGCUUGGACUGGAGCACAAGCUAUGUAUCAAGGUUUUUGGAGCCAGGCGGAUGUGACACGGCCAUUUGUCUCACAAGCGGUUAUUUCCGAUGGGAAAUAUUUUUCAUUUUUUUGCUACCAGCUCAAUACAUUAGCUCUGGCAGUGGAUGCUGAUAAGGAUCCCAACCGCAAGAACAUUUGUUGGGGAACACAAAGCGCUCCUCUCUAUGAAGCCAUUGAAGAAGGGGACAUUAAGGGCUUUAAUGAUGAUGUUUUUAGGAAGCUGGUUAACUUCUUUCUGAACUGCCCAGAAUAGCACAUCGGCUUUGCA